AAAUCCACUUGUAAGGGCAAGAAUCCCCUACUUUCCAAAUCCAAAACUCGUUCUCUGGUCUUCCCUCCUCAUGCGAGUCCACGAUUCUUAACGUACACCUCUCUCCUCAGUUUCUUACAGAUCCCAUUUGUUCUUCCUUCUUCUCGGCCAUGUCUUCAAGACCAUUUGCUUCUCUUCCUCUUAGUCUUCACAUUAUUGCUUCCUUCUUACAGUUCCGUACACCUGCUUGUAACUCUAUCGCAUUUGGGAGAUAAGUAAGGACCUCUGAAAUCCGUUCAAACAAUGGAGAUUUCUAGUGGGGUCUUGGUUUUCUCGAUAUUUCUCUGCUUUUUCGCAUCUGGGUCCUUCUCUAUCGAGGAUUUUCACCAAGCGUUUCCUAUUGUGGAACCUGAUCCUGGUCAUACAAAACUUCGUCUUUCAAGGGAAGGCCUGGAGGCCAUUGGGAGGAUAACAACCCCUAUUGCAGCUGUUGCUGUUAUUGGGCCGUACCGCUCUGGAAAAUCAUUUUUGCUCAAUCAACUUCUCUCCCUCUCUUGCUAUGAAGGGUUUGGUGUUGGACACAUGCGUGACACAAAGACAAAAGGAAUAUGGGUUUGGGGAACCCCAAUAGAAUUGGAUAUUGAUGGAGUUAGAACCUCUGUCUUUUACCUUGACACAGAGGGAUUUGAAAGUAUUGGGAAAUCUAAUGUAUAUGAUGACCGGAUUUUUGCUCUGGCAACUGUCAUGAGUUCUGUGCUCAUCUACAACCUGCCUGAGACAAUUCGUGAAGCUGACAUCUCUCGGCUGUCAUUUGCUGUUGAGCUUGCUGAAGAAUUUUAUGGGAGAGUGAAGGGCCAAGAUAUUGCCUUUGAACCUGCAAAGCUUUUGUGGCUUAUCCAGCGUGAUUUUCUACAAGGGAAGUCUGUGCAAGAAAUGGUGGAUGAAGCUCUUCGACAUGUGCCUAAUAAUGAUGGGGACAAAAAUAUUGAGAUGGUUAAUCAAAUCCGUGACUCGUUGGCUGUUAUGGGUGAUAACAGCACAGCCUUUAGCUUACCACAACCUCAUCUCCAGCGAACAAAGCUUUGUGACUUGAAGGAUGGUGAACUUGAGCCUAUGUAUGUCAAGAAGCGAGAGCAAUUGAAAGAGCUUGUUGCUGGCAUUAUCCAUCCGAAGAUUGUUCAGGGUAAACAUCUAAAUGGAAAGGAGUUUAUAUCUUUCCUGGAGCAGAUACUUGAAGCCUUGAAUAAAGGGGAGAUCCCAUCAACGGGUUCUCUUGUGGAGGUUUUCAAUAAAGGUAUUCUUGAGAGGUGUUUGAAGCUAUACAGUGGUUGGAUGGCAGCAUUGCAUCUACCCGUCUCAGAGAAACAUCUGGAAGAUACCCAUCAAAAGUCUAGAGAUGAGGCAAUGAAAGUCUUUGAUGAGCAGCAUUUUGGACGACAUCAUGCCAAGAAAUCAUUCGAGCAACUGGAUGAAGAAAUACAAAAGGUGUAUAAGAAUUUCAUUAUGGGAAACGAAUAUCAAUCCUCAAAGCUCUGCGAGGCACUAUAUACCAAAUGUGAGGAAAAAAUGGACCAGCUUCAAGUUCUCAGGCUUCCUUCCAUGGCAAAAUUUAAUGUAGGUUUCCUUCAAUGCAACCAAAGUUUUGAGGUAGAGUGUGUUGGACCUUCAAAAGCAAACUAUGAGCGACGAAUGAAGAAGAUGUUGGGGAAGUCACAAUCUCUAUUUAUCAAGGAAUACAACCACAGGCUCUUCAAUUGGUUGGUGGCAUUCUCCCUUGUCAUGGUGGUGGUGGGCCGGUUUAUCAUAAAAUUCUUUUUGAUUGAAAUUGGGGCAUGGAUCCUCUUUAUCUUCUUAGAGACAUACACAAGGAUGUUUUGGUCAGCAGAGUCUCUUUACUACAACCCAGUUUGGCAUUUCAUAGUAGCCACUUGGGAAACACUUGUUUACAGCCCUUUCCUGGAUUUGGACAGAUGGGCAAUUCCCAUGGGUGUAAUAUUGGCGAUAUUGAUACUAUAUUGGCGAUGUUAUGGGCGAAGAAAACAUGGGUCACGUUGGCUAUUACCGCUAUACAACAAUAAAAAAAGUGGCUCAAAUCGGCCAAGAUCAGAUUAAGCAUAGAAACAGCAUGCAUGUUUUUAAGGCCCUUGGUCUGCCUGCUUGAUCAUCUUCUCGAGCGAGCUCUUCUUUUAUAAUACAUGAAGCCCGCCAAUCUGCUAUUUUGGUCCUCGAUACAGAUUUUAUUGCAAGACCGUGAAGACGUGAAAGAUCAUUGGCUGCAUUGAUAAGUCUGUAAUUGUAACAUCUCCAAUUGGUUUAUAUUAUUCUAAUCUGUUGAUUAUUUUAAAUGUCUAUUUUUUUUCACAGUUAUAUCUGUUAAAUUUACUCAGUAAAUCAGAAUGUAAUACAUUAGAGGGGGAAAGGGAAGAAGAAGAAAAAAAGUUAAGAGAAAAGAAAAAGGAAAGAGAAAUUGUUUCAA